AUGGACGAUAAGCACAUUGGAAGUGUGAUUUCGGCGGACACGGCCGACGGAAGCGUCUAUCAGGGAAAACUGACGACGUUGGACAAGAAUAGCGGAAAUGUGACGAUGGCCAAUGUGAUUAAGUCGGUAUUUGUGCUAUUUCCGGCGUUUCUUUUUUUUUUUGAGCACUAGAGACGAAAAACAAUUGAAAAAUGUUGCAGAGACGGCCUGCCGCUGAACUGUUGCGUGACGCUGUCCGUGCGCGAAAUCGAGAGUCUGCGUGUGAUUCGUGGCCCGGCGCCGUCCGUUUCAAGCUCCGCCCCCUCGUUCUCGUCAUCGGUGCGAGGAGACCCGCUCAAGUUGCAAAAACCGCUGAAAAAACCGGAAAAAGUGCAAAAUUCGGCGUCGAUUUCGCCGAAACAGGCGAUUGUCGUGCCGCCCAAGUGCAAAGGGAAAUCGCCGAAAAAAUGUGGGUUUUUUGUUGAAUCGUUUUAACAUAAUAACAAUAAAUGAGCGCUUAAAGUUGCUAGACUUGAUUGCCUUUUCAGCGAACGUGGAGAAGCUCUUUGAGCAUCACAUGAAUUUGCUGUCGUCUCCGAGCCGACAAUCCUCUUUCAGAAGGUUGUUUUCCCGCUUUUUUCGCCCCAAUUUUUUCCAAAAAAAUAUCCAAAUUUUUUAGCAAAAAACACGGCCGCCAAUCGCCGGAAAAGAACGGGUUCACGCACGUGACCGAGGAGAUUUCGGCGACGCCCCUUUUCAAGAAUUUCGAACGUCAAGUGCCGAAUCCGCAAGUUUUGAGCGCAAUCUUGCCGAACACGGGCGGAGGAGGAGGGCGGUGCUCCAGGAAACAGGGUAAUUCUGUUAACAGCUGGAAAAUAACAAUAGUUUUCAGUGAAAAGCUUUUAUCAGAAAAACAGUAUUGCCAAAAAGUGAUGCUAAAAAGUUGCUUUUAAAUUUUGAAACAUAAAAUUUUAUUUAAUGUGUUGAAAAAAAUGUUGAAAAACUUGCAGGACCGUCGGGAAAUCCGGUGCUCGACGCCCUCAAUCACUACAAGGGAAUCGGCCGGAAAAACAAGACGGAUCUCGCGGAGCCGAUCGAUUUCGACCUCGAGUCCGACUUUGAUUUCGCCGAAAAUUUGAAGCUCUUCGAGAAGGACGUAGGCGAUUUUUCUCACAUUUCAAAGCAUUUGUUCGCAAUUUCCGAUUGCAGGAAGAGGACGACGAGUAUUAUGAGAAUGUGGAAAAGCUGAAAGUGUCGCAUAACUUUGCGCACUACGAGAACAUUAUUGAGGACGAGAAUCGCAUCACUUCGUGGACGAAUCUGAAGGCGCGCGGGCAGGAGGGCGCCGGAAAAGUCGAGUGCGUCACUGUUUUUGGCAAAUUUCCUCGACAAUUUUAAUUAAUUCUCAAUUAUUGUUGUGCAGGAAGAAGAGCAAUUUCCAAGUGACGGCGAUCAGUUUUGAGAAAACGAUGAACGGAGAUCCGAUACCGGCGAUCAGUGUCAACGAGAAGAAGGAGUUUUUGCAGGUAUCUUGCCUUAUUCUGGACACAAUUUCCGUCGUUUUGACGUUGUCCUGAUGUUUUUAGCAUUUUUUUUUGGGGAGAAAGUAGUAGUGAAAUUGUUUUUUUCAAGGAAUGUAAGAACUCGCUCGGCGAGGCUGUGUUCGACGCCCUUUUCGCCGACCGCGUCUUCCAAUGGACGUCCGAGAUCCAGACGUCGUUCGGAGAUCCGCACGGGACGAUCGUCGUCCUCGCCUCGGCCGCCAAUUCGGUGCGUUCCGUGCGUCGCCUGCUCACGCACUUCGACAAACGUCGCUACAAUUGCCACCUGUUCGGAAAGUACCCCGGCGAGCAGUUCGAGUACGUCAACGUCGUCGACGAAGUCAAACAGUUGCCACGCGAGGCGCCGGUAUGCGCAUUUUCUGAAGAAAAUUGGGAAUUUGUUUUGAAUGCCACAAUUGCAGAUAAUCUGUAUUCUGUCGCAAGAGGUGAACGAGGACGUGGAGAGCUGGCUGCGUGCCCAAUCGCACGGCCUGCCCCGAUUCGUGUGCGUCGAGAGCGUUCCGGUCUACCUGGACGCCUCGCGGUGCCACUUGCUGCAGUUCGGAUGCGCCACGAACGGACUGCGCCACGUGGAACGCAAAAUAAAGGCGGUCAAUAAGGGAGAGAUCACUUUCGAGAAGCUGUGUCAAGGACGUGUUCAUGAAGAGACCACCACCUGCAUUGUCGGUAUGUCUAUAUUGGAAAUUCAUUCCAUGGUUGAUUAUGCCGCGUCCACAAUGUCUCAGAAAAACCGUAAAAACCGCAGGUUUUUCUGUCCAAAGUCGGCCGAAAUUUGCGUGAAAAACGGGGGUGCGCACAGCUCAAUGAGUGUAACCGUACCCCUAAAACUACGGUAUUUUUUGAAAAUUUGCGCAAGAAAUUUGAAUAUUUUCAAAUAACCUCAAGAAAUUAACAAAUUUUCAAAAAAUACCGUAGUUUUAGGGGUACGGUUACACUCAUUGAGCUGUGCACACCCCCGUUUUUCACGCAAAUUUCGGCCGACUUUGGACAGAAAAAUCUGCGGUUUUUACGGUUUUUCCGAGACAUUGGACGCGGCAUUACAUCGACUUUCAUCUAGGGAGAAGUGAUUAUAGUACAUAUAGACGCGAAAUAGUAUCGAAAACCCACAGAAGUACAAAAAAAAAAUAUCAGAUGGCCUCCUUUAAUUGUGUUUUUUUUUUGCAGACAGCGCCAUCGCGGAUCUCGGCUCUCCGGCCUACUGGUUCGACGAUUUGUCGUCUAAAUUCAUCGCGACCGCCUUCGCCACGACCCUUCUCGUUCGUCUUUCCCUAUCCUAA